UUAUAAAUAUCUCGGGUCUCUGUGAGUGUAAUAACAAGGGGACGGCAUAUGUGAUCGCAACUAAAUACUACAAAAGUUGUGAGAAAAAGUAAAAUCAGUCCUCACAAAGCCACUUUAAUGUGAACAUCUCCGAUUGGAGAGACCCAGUGAAGUUAUUCCGACAUUUUCAUAUUACAUUUUUCCUAUCUCUCUGUGUCACUUAUCAGUUAUGACAUGGGGUGAAAUCGGCAUAAUAAAAAAGUUACUCUUAAUUUAAAUCUUGUGUAUAUAGUUUGACUUUUUUCCACGUGCACCCGCUCUUUAGUUCAUUUUAAAACAAAACAAGGUGCUCAAAAAAAAACUGCAAGAACUGCUGUUAAAAUCCAGUUGUUCGCAUCAUCAACUUGGUAGCGCGAGAUAUUUUGUCUGGAGAUAUAAAGAUCGGAGAGUGCUCUUAAGAUUAUAUUCAGUGCUAUAUACCGUGUUGGACAAUAAAUUAAGUGAAAUUUACAGCCAUCAUAACAUUUAAUGAGUGUUUAAGUAUUUGAUUAAGAAAGUGUAUUAUCAACUAAAUUGUCACAGUUUCUGUAAAUACCCGUUCAUAAUACUGCAAUUCCUUGGGAAUAGGAGUAUUUUAUUGUUGAAGAUAAACCUACCGCUUUAGUCAUAGAUAGACACUCAAUCAGAUCGUUUCUAGUAGUUACAUCAACGCCCCUAUACUGAUAUUUCUAAAACCAAAAUUUAAAAAUCCAAAUAAAAGUGCAAGAAAAAAGUGUGUUAUGCCCUAAGAAAUCAUCAAUGAGAAUGGAGUCCCGUGAUGCCGAAUCCCUACGUCCUCUGCAAGAUGGAUUCUCGCUCAAAUUCACAUCGAAUAUACGCAAAACUAAAUCAUGGACUGGACCGAAAAAAGUCAUCAGACUCCUUCUUCUUGGAAUUAUCAUGCCAGGAAUAUUAAUCUCAGUUCCAAUUUAUUUAAGGUAUCGUGUGUAUGAUGCCCAGCUAUAUCCACUGGGAAUUUCAGAUAUGCGUCUUAUCGACAGUAAAGUCUCAACGACGUGGUGCCAAAGGCAAAUCGUGAAGGCAAAUAUCUCCUUCAAUGCAUUUCUCAUGCCAAAUCUACCAACAAUCUCCAAAGAUCGAUUACCGGUUAACAUGACACGGCAUCUUCUGCUCGAUGACGACAUGAAAGAAUACUGGGGAUUUUAUCUUCUCAAAGGAUCCACUGUUACAGUUUCCAGUUGUUCGAGAUGGCCCGGAGCAUCGCUCAUCUUAAUUAGAGGUCAUAGGCAUCUUCACGAGUGUGCUUACAUUGGUGACGAUUCGUCUGAAGAGGAGGAUGAACUCCAGGAAAUUGAAUUGGAGCUUGAGAAAAAGGAAAAAGAAGGUGAUUUUGCUCCAUCAAACCGUGUAGACAUGCUCAAAAGAGCUAAGCCCGAGGUUGCAUUUCACGAUCCUGUGGCACAAGAAAAUGCCAAUAAAUUUGCAUUAAAACGCAAUAGGAAGGCGUCUGCUGAGACAUCUGAGGAUUCUGAUAUCACAGCAAAAGAAAUGAAAGAAUUACUGAGUCAAUUGGUGUACAAGGCCGAAAGAUCAAAACCAAACAAGACAAUCUCAACAGAGAACACAAGAGACAAUGCUGAGCCAGAAAAAGUUGCAUCAAACAGGGAAUUCGUGAAUGACCCGAAGCACGAUCAUGCCAAAGAGGACAGAGAUAGGGAACAAAAACCACAGACAUCGUCAGAAGUCUUUGAUGAAUUGCUGCAUAAACUAAGAAACAUGGGACUCAGAGGACGGAAGAUUCUUCGGGAAUUGCAAACGGAAUUGGUGGAAAAAGUUGGUGAUCAAGUCUCGACAUCUGACAUCAAAUUGGCUUUCGGUGUUAGAGAUAAGAUCACGAAGGACAGACAGAAAGAUCCUGAGAUUGAGAGUGAAUUUGAAACUCUCCUGCGAAAACGACGUGAUAUUAUUUUUAAGACAGCUUUUGGAGAUGACUUGUCCCAAGACGACGAAGAAAAGAAUUCGGCCCUAGAAGAAGGCUUCGUCCCAGACGGACAUGCUGAUCAUCACUACGUUCUCAAUGAAACCACCCUCAAUGACAAAUCAAACUCAGAAUUUUGGUCAUCAUUCUCAUCGAGUGAAGAGGCCCUACUGAACUGUGCCGGUCUGAUCUUAAGCCUACCCCUAACACCUCAUCGAGAUUGUGACCGAAGGAAGCCUGAGUCCAAGAUAAAUGGAGCAAGCUACGCCAAUACGAUCACCUACACAGUUCCUCGAAGCGGAUAUUACUUCUUCGUCUUCAACAGUGAAAACGAGGUUCAGCAGAACUACAUUCGAGUUAGAUUCGAUCUCCACAAGAUCAUCUACAACGUCACUCAUCCAAUGGCUGUUUGUAACCAAACCACAGAGCAGUGCUCCCUACCAUUGGACUUCCUCAGUAACGAAAAGGUAGUACUUGAAUUGCCAAUGAAGGAAAAAUCAUCUCAGUCAAAUGAAGAAUAUGUUUUUGUAUCUGAAUGUGAACCCAGAACAGCCAUCUAUCUCCUAUGCGUCCUAGCUGUUCCCUUCUUUAUCCUUCUAUUUGCUUUUCAGUGACUAUUGACCCUAUUGCUCAAAAUUUUGUACCUGAAUGGUCAUUAUGGUAACCGCUUUAAGAUAAACUAAACUUUUAAGAAUUGAUUUUAGACUUGGACAUGAAAAAUGUAAAGCUUUAAAAUUCAAUGUUGAUCAAACAGGGAUUAGAGUUCAAAAUAAAAAGACCUUGUAUUAGUAAA